GCAUGCGUGUGGAGCCGCCUCAAAGGAGGCUCUUCUCGCUACUGCGCAUGCUCUUCUGGCCUGACUGUGAAACUGGAGCAGGCUGCGGUUCGUGGGGAAGCCAGGCUGAGAGGCGGCUCUGUGGGAGUGGCGACGGAGAAGGAGCCGGUUAUCUCUGCUGACAAAGUGUUUUGUAGCAUUUAAAACUUCUUUCCUGGGGCUCCACAAAUAGAGGAUCAGAAGAAUACAAGGAUAUCUGCCAUCAAUCAUAGCAGUAGGCAUGGCUUGAAAGCGAAGGGCUGUAAGCAUUUGCCUAACUUUGGAAGUAUAAGCUUUGCCAGGUCAAGAGGAAUCAUCUGCUUCCUUACAGCCCGCCCCUCCUGCCCUGUCAACAGCUAUCAUACCGAAAGCAGUAAAAACAAGAGGAGAGAGGAAAAGCAGAAACAGUUUCUGGGAAGACUGGAGAUAGUGCGAACUCUCUAUAGCUGCAGCUAAGCACAAACUAGACAGCAUUGAAUCUUGCCAGAGUUGUAAGCUGCCUUGAAGUCCCCAUGUGAGGGUGAGAAAGUCGGUGUAUAAGUGAAGCAAAUAAAUAAAUAGUUUGUGAAAAUCAUCUACUAGCUAAGAAGAUGGGCGUACAGAUGAAAGAAAUGGCUAAAUGUCCUCCACCAAGCUCUAGAAACCAUCUAAAACAGGCUUGGAAAUUUUGGGACUCGGUGAAGAUAACAGCUUUUAUACUGGGCUCUGGCCUGCUCAUGUUUGUUGCCUUCAGGAAUUCACUCAUGUGGCACCUACAGAAAUUCUGGGGAGCCUCUGGCUUCUUCUGGCAGACUCAGUGGGAGAAGCUCUACCACCUCCUUGGUGGAAAUGAGUGGGCAAUUUUCAUUUUAGGCCCUGCCCUAACCUCUGGCCUUGUAUUCUGGGGCUUCAAUGGGAUUUUACUGAUAGCUGAUAUGACUGGGAAGCCCCGAUUCAUCACACAAUACCGAAUUCAGUUGGGGAAGAAUGAUCCUGUUGACAGAGAAAAACUGCGCAAAGCCAUCCUCACAGUGGCAUUCAAUAUGAUUUUCAUCUCUUUGCCAAUGGUGAUUUUCCUGUUGCCCGUCAUGAAAUGGAGGAGUGAGCCAUGCCAUUUGCAGCUGCCCACGUUCCACUGGUUUAUUUUUGAAGUGGCCAUUUUUACUCUAGUAGAUGAAAUUCUGUUCUAUUACUCUCAUCGGCUUGUUCAUCAUCCUUUCUUGUAUAAGCACAUACAUAAAAAACACCAUGAAUGGACUGCUCCUAUUGGCAUAGUAUCUGUCUAUGCUCAUCCAGUAGAACAUGUGGUUUCCAAUAUGCUGCCUGUAAUUGCUGGCCCAGUUCUCCUCGGAUCUCAUGUUACUUCAAUCACAGUGUGGCUCUGUCUUGCCCUUUUGGCUACCUCAGUCUCACAUUGUGGCUACCACUUGCCUUUCCUGCCUUCACCAGAAUUCCAUGAUUUUCAUCACCUCAAGUUCAACCAGUGCUACGGGGUCCUGGGAGUGCUGGAUCGCCUGCAUGGAACAGAUACAAUAUUCAAACAAACCAAGGCCUAUGAGAGACAUCUUGUCCUGUUGAGCUUCACACCACUAACAGAAAGCAUUCCUGACUCACCCAAAAAAUCAGAGUGACCCUCAUCUUUAAGCAGAGUAUGCUAUAACUAUCCAAUCAUCCAUCUAAUUACAGCAUUCAGGAAAUGACUGUAUUGGGGGGGGGGGGGGGUCUAGAAAGACAAUCCAUCAUGAGCAAGAAUUAAUUUGGUUAUGCUAUAACUCUUGAAAGUUAUCAGAUGACACUAGUAUCUGUAGAGCUAUAGAUGACAAUAGCUAUCUUUCUAGCAAUUGAAUGACUACAGUUGAUCAAUGAAACAACUGGAAAUGUGAUUAAACUAUCAUGCAGGAAAUAAAAAGACAGAAUUCCAAGCUAUGAGGCACCACUUUACCCAAACCCAAAAGAGAAAAAUGAAAACAAGACUCUGGAAAAUGUACUUCUUGUCUCUGAGGAAAUCGACUAGCUGCCAUCUUGGCUUUAGACAGCAUGUAAUGACUCCAGAAGCAUGACAUCUGUAUUGCCUGUGGAGUAAGAAAUAAGUUCCAACAAUGAAAGCUUCAAGACCAUGCCGCUACUUGUAGUAAGAAGCUCCCUUGCCAAAACACAACCAUAGGAAAUGGGAAUGGGUACAAAUCUUCAGAAGGGCAGAGUACUCCCAGUCCUCUCAAGCUUUCCAAGGAGCCAAUGGAGACAAGAACAGACACAGCAAGAGAGCCUUAUAAUACAGAAUGUGUUGUACUUGCUCUGUAAUCAGAUAUAAAGUAGCUGUUUUGCAACUAUAGAUUAGGUGAUAGCACAGAAUCAUGCUUGUGUUUCUCAUAUCGGACAGAUGUGAUUAUCACGGGAGGGCAUAUGAAGACAGGCUUCUUCACAUUGAGUUUUUGUUUAAUCUGUGCAGACUUUUUUGUUUGGCAGACAAUAGAAUCCUGAACAUCUCCAUUAUGAAAUGACCGGUGCAUUUAUUCUUAUUUCUCCCUUCCAUUCUUUUCAAAAUAGCUGCAAUCACUCUGGCAACUGUUUAGAUGAGAGUUGUUCAUUAAAUCCUCUGUUCCUGAUGAUACAGAUUAGCUGUCUUGAAGUUGAAAUAAAAUUUGCAAAGAACA